GAGGGAUCAGCCGCUUGUCGGCCAUUUGCAUUUGGCUCCGCCUGCAAUUGGGGAGAGGAAGAGCCACCCGGGGGGAAGCUACGAUGGAGGACGGGCAGCGCCCCGGGGUGGCGGUGGUGCUGGAUCGGGACCCCUCCAGCCCAGCUCCCCGCUGCCCUCACGGCCCCACCCUUCUGUUUGCAAAGAUUGUUCGAGGGAAAGAAGAGGGAAGAAGAUUUUACGCUUGCUCUGCUUGCAGAGAAAGAAGAGACUGUAACUUUUUUCAGUGGGAAGAUGAAAAGGUAUCAGAAGCUAGACUUUCAGCACGGGAAAUUUACAACCAACGCCAUCAACCAUUAUUAUCUCACAGAGAUAAUGUAGAGAGGUACAAGGAGUAUGUAGCGUUGCCACAGUCAGAACGGAGGUUUUGCAGAGAAUGCCAGCUGCUGCUGUUGCCAUCAGAGUGGGGAAGACACCUGGGCCAUCAGGUCCUUAGUGACGUCUCUGUUGCCCAUCUGAAAAGGCCCAGCCAGCUCCUCAUCCCUUUGGAGAAUAAGAAGACAAACGCACAAUACCUGUUCACCGAGAGAAGCUGCCAGUUCCUGCUGGACCUUAUCACUACGCUGGGUUUUAAAAGGGUGCUUUGUGUUGGCACCCCAAGGCUGCAUGAAUUCAUCGAAUUCCAAACAUCGCAGGAUCAGGAAAUCUGCAUUAAGAGCCUUUUGUUAGAUAUUGAUUUCAGGUACUCUCAGUUUUAUACAGAGAAGGACUUCUGCCAUUACAACAUGUUUAACCACCAUUUCUUUGCUGGAGAGGCUGCUUAUAAGAUAUGUGAGAAGUUCUUGCAGGAGGACAAUGGGAAAGACGUCAUCAUGGUGACUGAUCCUCCCUUUGGAGGUUUGGUUGAAGCUUUGGCUUUUAGUUUCAAAAGGCUGAUUGCAAUGUGGAGACAAACAAGAGGUGCAGAUCCUGCCGACAAUAACUUACCCAUACUUUGGAUAUUUCCAUACUUCUUUGAGUCGCGCAUUCUUGAAUUUUUUCCAAAUUUCAGUAUGCUGGAUUAUCAGGUGGACUAUGAUAAUCAUGCCCUUUAUAAACACGGAAAGACAGGUCGUAAACAGUCCCCAGUUCGUAUAUUUACCGACAUUUCACCACGUUUGAUAGUGCUUCCUGUGGAAGAAGGAUACAGGUUUUGCUCCAUCUGCCAGCGGUACGUUAGCUCAGACAACCAGCACUGUGAAAUCUGUGAUUCAUGCACAUCAAAAGAUGGGAGACGAUGGACACAUUGUUCCCUUUGCAAAAAAUGUGUAAAACCCUCUUGGAUUCAUUGCAGCGUUUGUGGUCGCUGUGCUCUGCCGAGUCACUCUUGUAAGAAUACUGACGCUGGAUCUGAGACGGGAUGCUUCAUUUGUGGAGCGACAGACCAUAAACGCGCCACAUGCCCUAAUCUACAUGUGGUUAGGAGAAUACACCAUUUUAUAGAUCUGAAAAUGCAGCGCUCAAGAUUAUUUGCCUUGCUUUGCAGAGGCGGGAAAAAGUCAAGGCAAAAAAAGAAGAAGAAGGUGGUGGUGGAUGUGAAUGCUACGAAAAUGACAAGUGGAAAGAAGAUGAGAAGUGCAGUAUAAAUUAUGGGCUACGUUUGCACGAGUCCUUCAUUCAGUGUUCUCCAAAUAUUAAUCUGGAUACUGAAUAUCUGACUGAAUCGGAGGCCAUAUUUUGCAACUCUGCAAAUGUCACCAAAACACCAACUCUUGCUGAUGCGCUAAAUGUGUGGAAAUAUAUAUAUAUAUCUCAAUAUUACAGUCUUUUUAGCACACUGUGUGUAUACACGCUUUCAACAAUGCACAACAAUGUAACUGAGUUAAUAUUUUAUAAAUAUUAAUAUAUUUUUGCAAAACGAAA